AUGCCUCUUCUCAGGCCGGAUGUGCUUGAAAUCUUCCGCGAUUGGCGGCAGGUCUCGUGCCUCUACCGGAUCUUUACGGGUGUCUGGCCAAUAACAGAAGUGGCUGCGUUGGGGGGAAGUGAGAAGGGACAGUCGCAGUCGUAUGGGUGGACGGGCAGGCUCGCCAAUCAGGGUGUCAUUGUCAUUUGUAAGGAGUACACACACUUUAACGGAAGAGUCAGCAGCGCUCUGGGCGGGAACCAAGGUUGGGCUGUCCAUCCAUCACUCGAAGGAGCUAGACCUGGGGGUGAGAGAAGUUUCAAAGAGCCAAGGCAGUUCUUGGCUUUGGUUGUCGGCUGA